AUGACUCGGUACGGGGGUAUGGGGAGGACGCGCCCCAAAAAACUCACCUCAAAGGCGUCCAUCCCCAUCGUCCGGGAGGAUCAAAUCGAUUAUCUCGAUGAAGAUAUCCAUGCCACUCUUCAACAAAUCGAAACCGGUGUCGAAAAAGCCGAAGAAUCGGAAGUCCAUUUGCAAGCUGCUAUCAAUGCUGCCGCUCUCGGAAAAGUCAGCGAGGCUAAUAUCCCCACGCCUGAAACUAUCCUGAGUAACAUUCAAUAUGACGAGCUGUACCCCCCUACGUUCUCACAGCCUGCGACAUAUAUCCGGUUCUCCUCAACCGUGGAAGACUGUUGCGGGUGUCCAUAUGAUUUAGUUGAGGAAGAUGACGUCUUCCUCAAAAUAAUGAACGAAAAGAAAGACCCGGAAGCUCGAUGUACUGAGAACCAGUUCGAAGAAGUGAUGCACUUUUUUGAAGAGACAGCGCAAACCAAACAGCCAUUUGCUGCCGUCGAUAACCCACCUGUCAUUUCGUUUGAAGAGAUCGAAGAAUCUUUCGAUGCAGCUGUAGAGGAGCAUAUAAAAAUCUUCGCCAAAGAAAUAUAUGAUCAUUGGAAGAGGCGGAGGAUAGAGGCAGGCAACCGGCCUCUGCAGUUGGCGCUCAAGUUCGAAACGGGCCAAGAAACCGAUGAUGGCGAUCCAUACGUAUGUUUCCGCAGACGUGAGGUUCGUCAGAUUCGCAAAACCCGCGGUAGGGAUGCACAGAGUGCCGAAAAGCUGCGUAGACUUCGUAAAGAGCUGGAGGAGGCUCGCCAGCUUGUUGGCUUUGUGCGCUCGCGUGAGGUUGCUAGGAGGGAAAUGCUUAAGAAUGAGAGGCAAAUCUUCCAGCAACGCGCCCAAGUGAAGGACAUGAAGCGGAAACUCAACAUUAAAGACGAUGACGAAGACCUCAUCAACCAAAAGCCCAAGAAGAAACAGGCCGAAAUGCCCAGUGUCCAGCGGCCUGCCGCGCCACAGCUUCGUGUCUCAACACGGCCUGGAAGCAAUGUUGCCGACGACCUGCAACUGUUGGAAGACGUGCAAGCUGAUAAAGAAAACGAAAUUUUGCGUGACAUCAAGCAGAAUUUGCAAAAGCACAUUAAAUGGAACGAGGGAUACGUUGAUCUCACGACAGCCCCAUUAAGUACCUCUCCAAAGCGGACUUUCGAAGCUGCGUUCCGUCCAGCCAUCACAACACAACUGCCGACACCACCGUCAUCAGACUCAUCAGAGCCGAAUGAUUCCACCGUAGACGCUUUGCACCCAUAUUUCCGCGAACGUUUCGCAGAGAUGUAUGUGGAAGAUAACACAAACAAAAUGCCGUCUUUCAGGCGUCGUAUAGGCCGAGGUGGUCGAGUCAUGAUUGAUCGACGUAACUUGACAACUCGUGUUAGUCCGGAUGUUGACCCUCUCAAAAUGGACCGCUUCAAAUAUGACGACGAAGAUGAUGACGAUGUGAUAUUUGAGCGUGAUAAGUACGACGUUCAAGUCAUGCAACACCGCGUUGUCAUGGCCGCAAAGGCUCGCGAUUUGGCAGCUCAAGUCCAAGCCCAAGCACAGGCGCAAGCCCAAGCAGCUCAGGCAGCGCGACAGCUGCUAGGCGAGCGGAAUGGAGCGCAAGGUGCAGCCAUGGGUGCCAAUUCGGGGCCUAGUGCCGUCACCGCAAACUCAGCGGCUUAA